AUGUCACAUGCUCUACUCAUGUCGCCACUGGCACUUUACAUCGAGCAAGUCUCCGGUCAGCAGCCAGUGUGUCCAUGUCCGGAUCCAAGAGUGACUACGUAUCCACCUUCGCCUCCAGAGAAUCUAAUAUUUGACUCGCUUCACUCCACACCGAUGCUCGACAAUACCCGAACAAAUCGGAUUCUAGUCUACCCCGGAUCCUUCAACCCACCCCAUCGAGGCCAUCUGCACCUCCUCAAGCAUGUGUUUCUACGUGGGGUCCAUGAUCUCAACAUCAUAGCCGCCAUCAUUAUCCCCGCGAGCGACAAGAGCGUGUCUAAAAAGGUCCAAGCAGCAGAUGGGACAUUCAUGUUCGGUAGAGAUGAGAGAUGCCUUUUAUGGAAGCAAGAUCUGUGUUUCCCAUCAUGGGCGUGGGUGUACGAAAGCAGUACGACCCCAUUUACGACCUUCUUGGAGCGACUCAUUCUAGUGACCAAGAAAGACGGCUUUUCACUUGAGUUCGUGCCUUUAUACGGCGCCGGUAUAGGAUCGCCUAGCAGCCCUCCUGGCCCCGCGUAUGGUUGUAAGACAGUCAUCUUGAGUGAUGCGGCAAGAGCGGCUGACUUUCAACGCUCCUCGGGCCGCCUGAGAGAUUUCUCCGGAUGCACCAAGUGGAGAAGGAUCCGUGUUGACCAGGACGCACUUCGGCGUCAUGCGAGGGCAAUGGCACGCUAUGCGUUGGAGUACAUGAAGACGGUUAGCAGACGAGAAGCCUUGGGCAUGUUGAACGAUGGUCCUGGUUACGUGGAAAAAGCCACAGAGAAAAUUGUUGCCAAAGCAACAGAGGAACUGAAAGCCGUCAUAACAUGCCGACGAGAAGUGGGAGGCCGGACACUUACUCUGCGCUUUGUGAAAUGCGAAGACGUUGACUCCAGGGCCGAAUACAACGACAUCAGCUCAACGAUCUUGCGUAAGGCUAUGAGAGAGAAAAAGGGGGUCAAGCUGAAAGAAGCGCUGGAUUGGAUGGCCCUCAGCCCGCACCUUCUCUGGUGGUACCAAGCUUCUUGGAUCGACAAAGCCAGGCUCGGGACGGGCUGUUGCAUCAGUUUCCAAGCGUUGACUGAAGAAUUCCGGAUGCCUGAAGAAUCUACGUUCUUUGAAAAACCGCCGUCGCUUGAGGAGCUCGGGCUAGUUGAAGCGGUUCCUUCGUCACUUGAGAAGCCUCCAUCGCUUGAAGACACUACGUCGCAUGAUCUAUCUCCAUCUUUCGAGGAAACCCAGUCACUUGAUGAUUCUCAUUUGCAAAAGGAGCCUUCGGGUAUGACUAAUAAGAAGAGGCGUUUUUCAGAGACUGAGCUCGAAACUUGGCGGUGCAGUCUUUGCCGAGGAUGGGGAGGCUUUUUGAGAGCGACUCGGUGA